AGGCCUGGAGGAGGAAGAGGAAGGAAGAGGAGGAGAGGGGGGCGAAGAGGGAAGAGGAGGAGAGGUUGUCAUGGAGACCCCUAACGGUCCCGUAUACUGUGUCUGCAGGAGACCGGACAUCAACUGUUUCAUGAUAGGGUGUGACAGCUGUACUGAAUGGUUUCAUGGAAGCUGUAUUGGAGUUUCAGAAAAAGCAGCUAAAGCCAUCAGAGUCUGGUACUGUCCAUCCUGCAGAGACAGAGACCCGUCUCUGGAGAUUAAAUACCGUCCAAAGAAGACCAAGGAGAAGGAGGAGAAAGAGUCGGAGCCAGAAGGGGAGGACAAACCUGACGGAGAUGGGAGCUCCCCGCCCCAGCCCAGGAUUGACAGGAGGCGGGGGUCACAGAUCAAGCGCUCAGCCAGGAUGUGUGGAGAGUGUGACGCCUGUCUGAGGACGGAGGACUGCGCUCAGUGCGACUUCUGUAAAGACAUGAAGAAGUUCGGAGGUCCAAACAAAAUCCGACAGAAGUGUCGACUGAGGCAGUGCGAGGUCCGAGCGCGGAAGAUGCUUCGUGUCAAAGAUGAGGAGAUGAGUCGGAGUGGGGGGCGGGGGCGUGGUCUCCCAAGGAAAGGGGCGGGGCAUCAGACAGAGGAGGAGGAUGAGGAAGAAGAGGAGGAAGACGGGGUGUUCAGCGAGAGCGAGCUGGAGCUGUAUGAGCAGUACAAAGCUGCUGGAUACAGAGACCUGGUGUGGCACAGCGAGGAUGAGGACGCUCAGCUGGACUCUCGGAGGAAGAAGGCCGUGAAGGUCAAACAUGUCAAGAGACGAGAGAAGAAGACUGAGAAGAAGAAGUCCGUCUCUGCUCCUAAAGAGGAGGUGAAGCCUCGCCGUCACAAAGCGAAGCAGCGUCACAGGGAGCGUGUGCGGCACAGUGAGCGAGCAGGAGAGGGCGGGGCUAAGGAGGUGGGUGGAGCUCUGAGGCAGUGUCUGGGUCCAGGAUGUGUCCAUCCGGCGAGGGUCAACUCCAAAUACUGCUCCGAGGACUGUGGCAUGAAGCUCGCCGCCAAUCGUAUCUAUGAGAUCCUCCCUCAGAGGAUUCAGCAGUGGCAGCAGAGUCCGUGCGUUGCCGAGGAGAUGGGGAGGAGACAGCUGGAGCGAAUCAGGAAGGAGCAGCAGGCAGCGAGGCUCCGCCUCACACUGAUGGAGAAACGUUUCCAUGAGCUCGAGGGCAUCAUCGCCAACGCCAAACAGCAGCAGGUCCAACACCAGGAGGAGGUGACUGAAGGUGAUGGUGAUGACACAGACCUUCAGAUCUUCUGUGUUUCCUGCAGCCAUCCUGUCAACCCCAAGGUGGCGCUGAGACACAUGGAGAGAUGCUACGCUAAGUAUGAGAGUCAGACAUCGUUUGGUUCCAUGUACCCAACGCGCAUAGAGGGAGCGACCCGGCUGUUCUGUGAUGUGUAUAACCCUCAGAGUAAGACGUACUGUAAGCGGCUGCAGGUUCUGUGUCCCGAACACUCCAGAGAUCCAAAGGUCCCAGCAGACGAGGUGUGUGGUUGUCCUCUGGUUAAAGACGUGUUUGAGCCGACAGGAGAGUUUUGUCGGGUGUCAAAGAGGAAGUGUAACAAACAUUACUGCUGGGAGAAACUUCGCCGCGCUGAGGUCGACCUGGAGAGAGUCCGAGUGUGGUAUAAGCUGGACGAGCUGUUUGAGCAAGAGAGGAAUCUGAGGACGGCAAUGACGAAUCGAGCCGGUUUAUUGGCUCUGAUGCUGCACCAGACCAUCCAACACGACCCUAUCACAACUGAUCUGCGCACUGCCAAGGACAGGUAGACAGACAGGUAGAUAUUUCAGUGUGAGGUCGCUGAACAUGCACCGAGGUUUCAGAGGCAGCAAACGGAAGCACAUUAGAUCCAGCAGACACACACAAAGUUCCACCUCAGCUCAGAAGUCUGAGAUCCAGAUUUCAUCACGGUCAGAUCCAGAUGUUGUUAGUAUGAGCUGACGUCAUUCUGACACAAACAUCCCAUAAAUAUGUGUUUACGUGCUUAGAGGUCAGUCAAGUACUACACUACCCACAAUUCUACCAGUCAGAGAUGUGGCUGUUGCUAUGGAGACGCACUAAUUGAGCACUACAGUUUUUAACAUUUUCUAUAAUUCUGUAAAUUCUGAAAGAAAUAAUCACAUGAAUACUUCCGGAGGGAAUGUGUGAUGUUUAGUCUGUUUUACAUCUGCUCAUUAUAAUGUUACAAAAUAUUUUCACAAUAAGAGCAUGUCGCUCUGACGGGGAUUUUACUUUCAUUCCAGACAGGUCGACGGAUUUAUUUCACGUGGUGUAAAAUCAGUAUUUCUUGAGCUUUAUUCAUGUGAUUAUUUAUUUCUGUAAUGUGGAACAUGUCGUCCUGCAGACUCUUUGUGUUUGUUUGUGAUUCAUCUUCGACCUGCACACGGACAAAAUGAUAAGAACACUACAGACAGAAACUUUAAUAUGGUUGUGUAUAUUGCACUUCGUUUUUUUAAUCUUUAUUGAUAUUUUUAUUGCUCUUUAUCCCUGUAUCAUUUUGUAUCUCAG